AUGCGGUCGCUACCGGCGUCGGAAGCCGUUCUUCGCAACAUGAAGAUUGCCGAGACUGCCAGGGUCAAAGACGGUCAAACAACUUCCUCUGGGGUCAAUUUGGAGGCGGAGAUUGCUAUAUUACGGCGUCAAUUGUUACAAGCAACGGUGGAGAACUCGCGCAAAGACACAGUGAUUGAUUCCUUGGAAAAGAAAUUGAGUGGUGAAGCGAAGAAUGAAAGUCAUAAACAAAUGAAUGGUUAUCUGAAUGGUCAUCUGAACAGGCCUCUCAGCCCAGCCGGUCGCCGGCGUAACAGUGGCAGUUUGAGGGGCAAGAAGUCGCAAUCGUUGUGGAACUUGAGCCAGUCUGAACGCUCGAACACCUCCUCUCUACAUGCAGCAGAAGAUGACGACGGAGAAGAAGUACAGGAUGCAGAGAAAGUAGUAAGCGAAAUUCAGGGAUGGUUAUUUAUGGAAGGGGGCACAUUACGAGACGUCGAUUCUUUGCUGACCCGCUACUGCGAACUUUGCCGGAAACAUGGAAUACCGUUGGAUCGCUUAUUUGUCGCUGGAAUGAUGAUGCAUCCACACACUUCUGCCUGCGUUUGGAAAUGGGAAUUAGGAUGUGAUUUCACAGAGGAUGUUGUCCCUCCGGAAGCCUUUGAACCUCAGAAUUUCAAUGAAGAGGAACCAUUCGCGGUGCUGAUGCAAGGCAAGGCGAUGGAAUAUAGAAUGACUAAAGACGAUGAAAUACCCGCCGGCUGUGACUGGUUCAAGGAUGGUGGAUUUCAAGAUUACUACGCACUUCCAAUGUACCACAAUGGAAAGUUCAAAGGAGCCAUGGCGUGGAGCACCAAAUGUCGGUAUCACUUUUCGGACGACCACCAAAGAAUUUUCACACAGUCUCUUGGGGCUCUUUCCACGGUAUUGCGACUGUACGCCAACGACUUGGUGAUUGAUAAUGCCAUGCUGCGGUUGGAAGAAGCGGUCCAAGCGCAAACCAGUAUGCUUGCUGAAGCAAAUCAAGAACUUGAAUUGGCCAAUCGAAAAAUUGUCGAUCAAGCCCAGAAGCAACUGAAACAUUUUGCCAUGAUGAGUCACGAAAUCCGAACCCCACUAAAUUGCAUUGUUGGUAUAUCGAAUCUGAUGUUGGAUUCAUGUGAAGAUGAUGCGAUGAAAGAGUCAAUAGAAAUGAUAACGAGCAGUGGAGAUCUCUUGUUGGCCGUGGUCGACGAUGUUUUGGAUUACUCCAAAUUGGCGGCUGGAAAAGUGGAAACCAAGAUUGCACCCACCAAGCUCAAUGUUCCCGUCAAUACGGUCGAGACUGCCAUUCGUACCAAGGCGAUUGAAAACCGAGUGGAGCUUCGCACCUUUUACAGCCCAGACUUGCCCGAAUUCGUGGUGACGGACGCCAGAAGACUCCAACAAAUUCUUUACAACUUGUUGGGCAAUGCGGCCAAGUUUGGAAGCACUGGCAAAUACAUUGACUUUUCCGUUGUCCUUGAGCCGACGGAUAGAAAUUUUUUACGGUUUUCAAUAAAGGACUAUGGAAGAGGAAUUGCCCCCGAGGAGAUGCACAACAUUUUUGAACCAUUUCGACAAUUGGCAUCCAACCAACCGAGUCAUGGGGGAACAGGACUGGGUUUGGCCAUUACUCGCCAACUUGUCCGGGCGUUAGGAGGCAGCGUUUCGGUGCAAAGUGAUUAUGGACAUUGGUGCGAAUUUAUUGUUUGUUUGCCAUGCGAUUCGGGCGUCCGAAGGCCAAUGGGGGCAUCCGCGGUUCCAAAUACCUUGGUGCAAGAUGGCAGUCAAAGCGAGAGCCACAUGGACGAUUAUGAUGACGAGGACGAAAGCGACGACGAUGAUGCGGGAAGUACCGGUAGCAUGUCGAUCGAAUCUUCCACCGAAGGAUCCUCUUAUGCUGAUAUGCCUUCCACCACUAGCUUUCAACGACUCGUGAACGAAGCAAGCCGACGACAAGUAAAUAGUAUGACGGGUGAUACGCGGAAUCAUCAAAUGAAUCCAUUGGCUCCGACGGCCGUUGCCAGUCUACACAAACUGCGGACCAACCUUUUAUCCUCCUCGAGUCUAAAAUCGGGCAGUACCGGCGGUAGCAGCCUCGCUUCGUCGAGUGGAUUUGGUAGCAAUGCGUCCUCGCUCCUUGGCAUCAGCGGAUUGAACAGAAACAGGCAACAAGGAGGAAGCAAUACUUCUUUACGGAAUGUACAGUUCCAACACUUCAACAAGUCACCCAAACAAACUCUGGGAUUGGAUGGUUUUUCGGGCCGCACGGGGAGUUUUGGUCAAUUGGGCAAUGCCAUAGGUCGGAAACCAUCCGGGUCGAGGAGUGUGCGACGUGGUGACAGGAAAAGUGGCGCAAAUCCGCAUCGGAGUGCCUCGCUCAAGAGCCGCAAACGUCCGGUCAUGACUCCUAGACGCGGCAGUGGCAUUACGGGCGGUACCAUUUCGUUGGUGGGAGUAGUGGACGAAGAAGGAACCCCAAGGAUUAUUCCCGCAAAGAAGCCCCCCACGAUGGAGCCGGAAAGUAAGAAGCGUUCAGUACCCCCCACCAAAGAGGAGUUCACAAAGCCUACCAUGAAGAAUAGCACCGCCACUGCAAGUAACACCGCCGCUGCCAAGGCCAAGGCCAAAGACGCGACGACAGCAACAUCUACGACAACGACAACCACAACGACGACGACGACGACAACCACAACAAAGGAAAAGAACAAUUCCAAAGAAUCAUUAGAGAGUCAAAUGGGAACCAUAAAAGUCUUGGUAGCCGAGGACAACAAGAUUAACCAAAAGGUUUUGCAACGAACACUGAUACGUGUGGGAAUUAAGGAAGACAUUGACAUUGUGGAAAAUGGCAAGUUGGCCGUGGAAGCCUCCGACGACAAGGUGUACGACAUUAUUUUCAUGGACAUGCAAAUGCCCAUCAUGGAUGGUUUGGAGGCCACCUCGAUCAUUACCCGACGAGCGAUUCAUCCCAAGAUUGUCUUUUUGACGGCACAUGCCUUGUCGGAAUAUCAGGAAAAGGCCCAUGAAGCCGGUGGGGAUUGUUUCAUUAGCAAGCCCUUCAAAUUGGAUGCGAUUCGGAACAUCAUUCAAAAGUUGGUCCUGUCGCCGCAAGAGGAGGAAGAAUCGGAGGAGGAAAUAUAG